AUGGCCUCGCGAAAGGGCAACCCCCCCUCUCCAAGCACCGACGUGUGUCCUGUCUGCAAGACAAUGCGAUACCUCAACCGCGAUCUCGAGUUUCUGAUCAACCCCGAAUGCUACCAUCCCAUGUGCGCCAACUGCGUCGCCCGUCUCUUCGCCGAUGGUCCCGCGCAGUGCCCUUAUGCUGGAUGCACGAAAACUCUCCGAAAAAAGGCAUUCAAAGCAGCAUGGUUCGGAGAUCUGACUGUUGAACGCGAGGUUGAUGUGCGCCGCCGCGUUCACGCUGUCUUCAACAAGGAAGAACCCGAUUUCGAGUCCCUCGAGGAUUACAACGCCUACCUAGAGCAGGUCGAAUCUCUGACAUUCGACUUGCUCAACGGACAACUAAACGAAAAGGCACGCGCGGAGGCGCAGCUGCAAGACUGGGAGGCGCAACACAAGAGCGAGAUUGAAGAACGCAGGCGCUUGGCCAAAGAGUCAGAAGCUCAGCGGACCAUUCGCGAGCGUGAAGAAAAAGAAGCUGCCCGUCGCCGCAGACUUGACGCGGCACGCGAAGAUGCGGAGGAAAAGGCGCGUGAAGCGCGUGCAAGAGAAGACGUCUUGGAUGGCCUGGCCAGCGGAAACAUUGGGCAAGCUCGCGCAACAAUGGAGAAGAUCGUCCUCAAGAAGCGUGGCCAGGGAAGAUUGGACGCAGCUCGCUCAUCGCUCACGGAUGCGACCUCGGCCAUGUCGAUCCGCGGUCUCAAGAAGAAAGAGAAGCCGGCCUUUGUUGACGAAGGACCGUACGAUCCAUUCGGCGGCAUGAAUCUUGCCUUACAGCGAUACGAACUAGGACCGCUAGACGACUAUAGCAACGACUGGGUCGAUGCAGCACGCAUGCGGAGUGACAUUGUCGUGGGCGGCUACAGUGCUGAAGAGUACUUGACCCGUGCCAUGUUCGAGGCCUUCUCAGGAUUGGGGGUUUUUAUUGAGGAUGAGAAGGGCGCAGAGGACCUAGCAACGACGGAGGCGGCGCAGGUGGCCGCCUCGGGUCAGACAUCGCAGAAGAUGGAUGUUGAUGCCUAUUGA